GUCUCAAACUCCUGGCCCCAAGUGAUCCUCACUCCUCAGCCUCCUGAAGUGCUGGGAUCACAGGCGUGAGCCGCCCGCCUCCGCCCUGAUGUGCGUUUUGAAGGACUCCUCUGGCUGUGGACUUGCCUGGGCUGUGGGGCCCAGUGGGGCCUGAGAAGGUCCUGGAGAGGGCGUUUGGGAGGCGACGUGGGGGGAACAUGAGGGGGGUGGCAGGGAUGAAGGGCGGCCCCCACGUGGAACAUUGAGGACUUCAUUAGGAUGGCACAUCUGCUUGGGGUCCUGGGCCUCUGAGCUGGGCAAGGACAGUCGUGGCAGGUGUUGGGGCAACAUGUAGCCCAACCUGGUUCUUUGUCCCCCACCCCGGCAGGCAGUUCCUUUGAGACCCAGAUCAUCGGGGGCCGGGAGGUCAUCCCCCACUCGCGCCCGUACAUGGCCUCGCUGCAGAGAGGCGGCUCCCACCUGUGCGGCGGGGUCCUGGUGCACCCAAAGUGGGUGCUGACGGCUGCCCACUGCCUGGUCCAGCGGACGGCCCAGCUGAGGUUGGUGCUGGGGCUUCAUGCCCUGGGCCACCUCGGUCUCACCUUCCACAUCAAGGCAGCCGUCCAGCACCCUCGCUACAAGCCGGCCCCUGCCCUGGAGAACGACCUGGCGCUGCUUCAGCUGGACGGGAAAGUGAAGCCCAGCCGGACCGUCCGGCCCCUGGCCUUGCCCGGUAAGCGCCAGGCAGUGGCUGCAGGGACUCGGUGCAGCACGGCCGGCUGGGGGCUGACCCAGCAGGGCGGGCGCCUGUCCCGGGUGCUGCGGGAGCUGGACCUCCGCGUGCUGGACACCCGCAUGUGUAACAACAGCCGUUUCUGGAACGGCAGCCUCUCCCCGCACGUGGUCUGCCUGGAGGCCGACUCCAAGGACCAGGCUCCCUGCAAGGGUGACUCGGGUGGGCCCAUCGUGUGUGGCAAAGACCAGGUGUUGGCCGGAGUCCUGUCCUUCAGCUCCAGGGUCUGCACCGACGUCUUCAGGCCCCCUGUGGCCACCACCGUGGCGCCCUACGUGUCCUGGAUCAGGAAGGUCACCGGCUGAUCCGGCCUGAUGUCCUGGGGUGACGGGGACUGCCUCGCUGUCUCCACAGGACCCCUCCCCUCCAGGGGUGCAGCGGGGUGGAUGAGCACAGGUGGGAGGGACAGGGAGGGACCAAUAAAUCAUGAUAAAGAAAUGCUCAGAGC